GACCUUGCCGUGGCAGCGAUCUUUGUGGAAGCGGAGAUAGACCGGCGCUGUGCAUUGGUUGUGACAAACCUAGACUGCCGCAGCCCCGGCCACCGCCACCAUGCUGCAGCAGAUACUGAAGGACAUGUACAUCGAUCCGGAGCUCCUGGAAGAGCUGUCAGACGAACAAAAGCAGAUACUGUACUGCAAGAUGAGAGAGGAGCAAGUACGCAGGUGGCGAGAUUUCGAGGAGAAAUUGUCCGAACAGGAGAAAAAGAAACUCGCAAAGCCGAAAUUACCUCCAAAGCCAGCAGAGCGAGGCGAAGGAACGACGUACGUCGGAGGCACAGCUCCGACAGAUCACACUGACGCGGGCCACGCAGAUAUACGUGCACUUCAAGAACGCGCGGGAGAAGAUGAGGAAGCAGAUGCAGGAGUCUGGACCCGACACGGAGGCUGCGUGGCGCGAACAAGAGAAGCGAGCGAAGGAAGCUGAGCGAAGGAUCCGGGACAUCGCGCGGACGGCGCGCGCCUCGCAUCGCCAGACCUCGCUGCGCGCGACCGAGAAAGGCCAGGACGCGGCACCCACCACCGCGCCGAACAACAACAACAACAACAACGCGCCCGCACACGACACGCGCGUCGCCAACUACUGCAACACACCGAGCACACUGCCCAGGCCCAGGGCAGGAAACCGCGGCCCACGACCGAAUUCUCGCAAGGACAUCGUAGACUGGUUCCGCAGUGAGGAGAUGGAACGCAAGGCCGGCAGGGAUGCCUCAGGCAGAAUCUGUCCCUGGUUCCACGGUAUCAUAUCGCGGCAGGAAGCUGAGGCUUUGCUCGAGGAGGAGGGCGAGGGCGCGUUCGUGGUGCGUGUGUCCGAGCGCAUCUGGGGCUACGCGAUCUCGUACUCCGCCGCCGAACGCUGCAAGCACUUCCUCAUCGACUGCUCGGACGCUUCAUAUCAAUUCUUCGGCACGAAUCAGCUCGCGCACGCCUCGCUCACCGCCAUGGUCGACUUCCACUGCAAGGUCCCUGUCACGAUGCUGGGGCAGGAGCUGUUGACGCGUCCGAUUGGUCAGCGCGUGACCUCCGACCCUGAUUACAGGGAAUUGAUCAGCCUGAAGGCAGAGGAGAUGACCAAGAUGUGAUCAUCGAAAUCUCCGCCGGUGAGAAAAACGGCAGCUACCGUCACGCGUGUCGCGUGUGCCUGGUAGUGUGCAUCUAUGUUGUCAUCCGUCGAUGUUGAUUCAUGGAGCAGAUUUGAGUACGGUCGACGGAUGCAUCGGUUGCUAGGGAGGAUGAGGAAGCUGUGCUCUGUCUAGCAUAUGAAGCCAUCAGUAAGCAGGCUCCCGGUAGACCGAUGGCUUAAUUGCGACCUAUCUGCCUGGCGUGAUUGCACUAGCGAAUAAGCAUUGUGAUGCGAUAUUUGCAAAACAGUGCUUAGUAGUGCACACUUGCGAUUACCCUGGACGAGCUGGCAGGACCUAUCAAUGAUGUCCAGGGUUUGACAUGUCGUUAUUAACCCCCUUAGAUGAGUAGGUCAGGUGGCAUUAGUGCCUGAAAAUAUAUCCUGCGAAUAGAUAUCCGGUUGUGUGUCCGACGCAAAUGUGUUUCUUGUGUCAGCAAUGGUGCGUUGUAAGGGUAACGUUAUUUAUGUAUUAUUUACUCGUUCUACUGAUGCACUUAGUGUUCCAUUGAUUCAUUAUUAAUUAACGAUAGGGCAAUACGUUUCAUUUCAACACUCCAAGUGCCAAAUAGUGCAUCCGUGUCCGCGUGGCAUCUGCUCGCCAAAUUAUUCACUCACUACUUGUAAAGACACAUUCCUGCUUGGCUUGUUACAUAUAUAUAUAUAUAUAAACAUGAAUGUAUUUGUACGUGCGUGCGUGCGUGCGUGCGUGCGUGCGUGCGUGCGUAUGUAUGACUAUCGUGUAGCUAAUCAUUUCUUUUCUUCCGGGUAUGAAGAUUAAUCCUAAUAAGCAUGCAGCAUCAGGUCAUUAAUGAUUGAGCGCGAACCACCGAUGAAUCAUGAAUCAUGAAGUAUGUGUCACGGAUUCGAAGUGCCACGGUCGUUCUUCGUGUGUGUAGUCGAUAGGAAAAGAAACAUUGUUAAGGCCAUGAUAGAAAUAUUGUUUGUUUGCUCUCAUCCGACCGACCCGCCAAAAAGGGGCCGACGGAAAUUUAUUGAUCUUUCCCAUUUUUUUUUUUACAAAUUGUAUCAGUGUACAUUAAAUAAAUCUGUAGGCAAUAUGCAAGUUAAUUAGCAAGCAAAACAAGCAUUCAACAUAAAGGAUAUCUGCACACAAGCACCACCUGAGCAUGUAAAACACCAUGCGAAAAUCUUGUUAAAAACCCCUAAAAAAAGACCUACCUACCUACCCAAACUUUUCAGCCUGGGGUCGGAGUGAGGGGCAAAACAAAUAUUUUUUUAAUCAUUGCUAAUCAAGCAGCAAUGCAAUUUCACAACAAGCUGCUGGUCGCGAUUAUAGGGAAAUCUUUUACGAACGAUCGCAUCGUGUUUGUAAUAAUAGUCGAAUUUUUAUGA